AUGAGCGAUCUCGUAAAGGAAGUGCGGGCCAGUCUGGGCAGCAACAAGCCACACCGUACAGCGCAAAGCGAUGACGAAACCAGCGGGAAUCACGCAGGACUUGCACGUGCACCACGAUCAUCGUGGCACGAUGUCACUUGUUCUGUCAACAAGUGGAAGAAACGGAUCGUGUCUAUUGUGUUCGUUCUCAAACAGUUGGAGUUUGUAUGCCCGGGACCGAGUGACCGACAAAGCAUUUGGGGUUAUCGUGGAUGGAACCAGAUGCCGAGAUCGUCUGCUGCAGUGGAACGGAAGAAUGGCAAACAGGAGACGGAUCAGGCUGUUGUUUACUACGUGCGCUGUUCGUAG